AAGAGAAGACACACCAUUUACACGUCCGGGUCUCGAGAAUCUCUCGCAGAAGUGGGUGUGGUCGGAAUAAGAACGAGCAAAUCAGCUACAGCUCUCGGACAGACAAAAUCUGACCUGAGUCCAGGGUUCACUUUCUCAAAACCAACUCCUCAACGCUCUGCUUUUCCACGUACUCCACGCUCUGUUGUUCCCGUGGAGACCGAUAAACAAGAUGUCACCAUGGAUACAACAGCCCCGCCCACCUCAUCAGGAGUUCGGUUCACAUUUUCUAACCCAAGACUCUAUGUUGCUAAGAAACGAUUGGUAUCCGUUGGCAACAGCGAGGCGGGAAAGGGAGGGAGUGAGGGAGAUAGGGUGUGUGGAGCAUCACCAAUCCCCCAUCUUCCCGAGCUAACUCCUCACAAAACUCCACAUGUCAACAGGCGAAGCUCUAGUUUCACAGCUGCAGCGACCCCCGCCCCCCGGGGCAGGCUAAACGAGGGGUUCCUCAAAACUCCAUUUCCCCGACCCUCUGCAGGUUCCCCCAAUUUGCUCCAACAGAUCAGCUCUGAGCUGAUAGAGCGGUAUCCUCAAGCCACGCCCCUUGCCACUCCCACCAUCGGGGCGGGGCUUGGGAUGAACGAAAGCUAUCGCCAGGCGGUAUACUCCAGACAACUUAUCAAACCGAUUUCCCUGGAGUUCACCGUUACUCCAGACCCCGACAUGAGCUCCGAAAUUGUCCAAGAAGUCUCCUUCACGUUCCAACUCAACCACUCACCGGGUCGUCAUAGCAACACAAACAACCCUCCGCACCCUAGCAAUACGGAAACUCGUGUCCCUCUCUCUCCGAGUUGUCACGGCAACACGAACAAAACCCCGCCCCCUAGCAACCCAGCAAAACGUGUCCCCCUCUCUCACAGACGGCCUGUUGUCAGGGAGUUGAGACCACAGAAAGCUCCACUGCAGCGUAGGUUUGCAAUGACUCCACUUCUCACUCCGAGGGCACCGCGAUUUACUGACAUCUCCUCUCCUUUCACCUCCGCUCCUACAGCAACUGUUGCUACGGGGCAGAAAUUGGCUAGCAAGACACCAAGAGUUGGCAGGAGAGCUCAGAUGUACGUUAUUCCCUCCACUGGUAGCCAUGGGAACAAGGAAAACAUGUGCACAGACGUACCGACUAGAGAAUGGGUUGUGUAACAUUCUCCCUCUUCCUCCGUCUAUCUCUCUCUUUUUCUGACCUCUAACAUGCUUGACUAAUAAUAUUGCUAUUUAUAUUGACACAUACUAUAUACAGGGCUGCAUGAACACAAGGUAUGUAUAGUCACAAGCAACAAACACAACUGCACGGCCA